UUACACAACGAACUCGAAUAGGAAAUCCCAGUCGUCCAGGCAUUCUAGAAGUCAUCAUGGACUGGCCAGAGGGCAAAGAUUUCGGAAUGUCACCAGAGGAGGAGGAGGUGGUGCGUGCUGAAGAGGCCCCACCGUAUAAUAAACUGUCAGAAAGUGAAAAGCAGUAUGCCUUGUUUACUGAUGGGUCCUGCCUUAUUGUGGGAAAGCAUCGGAGAUGGAAGGCAGCUGUAUGGAGUCCUGGACGACAAGUUGCAGAAACUGCUGAAGGAGAGGGUGAAUCAAGUCAGUUUGCUGAGGUGAAAGCCAUCCAGCUGGCCCUGGACAUUGCUGAACGAGAAAAGUGGCCAGUACUUUACCUCUAUACUGACUCAUGGAUGGUGGCAAAUGCCCUGUGGGGGUGGUUGAAGCAAUGGAAGCAGAGCAACUGGCAACGCAGAGGUAAACCCAUCUGGGCUGCUGCACUGUGGGAAGAUAUUGCUGCCCAGGUGCAGAACCUGGUGGUGAAGGUACGUCAUGUAGAUGCCCAUGUACCCAAGAGUCGGGCCACUGAGGAACACCAGAACAACCAACAAGUGGAUAAAGCGGCUAAGAUUGAAGUGGCUCAGAUGGACUUAGAUUGGCAACAUAAAGGUGAAUAAUUUUUGGCUCGGUGGGCCCAUGACACUUCAGGCCAUCAGGGGAGAGAUGCAACAUAUACAUGGGCCCGUGAUCGAGGGGUGGACUUAACAAUGGACACUAUUGCCCAGGUUAUUCAUGAGUGUGAAACAUGUGCUGCAAUUAAACAAGCCAAGCGGUUAAAGCCUCUUUGGUAUGGAGGACGAUGGUUGAAGUAUAAAUAUGCAGAGGCCUGGCAGAUUGACUAUAUCACACUGCCACCAACCCACCAAGGCAAGCACCAUGUGCUUACCAUGGUGGAAGCAACCACCGGGUGGCUGGAAACAUACGCUGUGCCCCAUGCCACUGCCCAGAGCACUAUCCUGGGUCUUGAGAAACAGAUUUUGUGGCGACAUGGCACCCCAGAGAGAAUUGAGUCAGACAAUGGGACUCAUUUCCGGAAUAACCUUAUAGAUAUUUGGGCCAAAGAGCAUGGCAUUGAGUGGGUAUAUCACAUCCCCUACCAUGCA